GCCACCUAUGCAUUGGGACCUCUUUUAAUUAAUACAAAAUUGAGGUUACAUCUUUUCAAAUGUUCCUCAAUUAAUAUAUAAGGGAUUAUUGGAAGCUUUAUAUUUUGGAUUCUUAUUUGUUGUAACGUGUAACAACUACUAACAACUAAUCAUUCAAUUAAAAUAUGCAAAUUAUUUAAUCCAUCAUGGGAAGUAGGAAUCCGAUUAAUAUCUACUCUAUUAAAAUAGUCACAAAAAAAUCUACAAGAUCUUGGAAUAAUUCAUUAACAAGAGAGGAACAUGGAUCACAAUGAACUUCCAGCGACCGUGAGAGAAGACUACAUAAGUGAAGAAACAAAGAAACUGAUCUUUUCACUUCCUGUGAACAAAGAUUCUCAAGGCAACCUCUGCAAGUACCAAGGAUGUUGGUAUUACUACAACACUCUCCAAGGAGCCAUCAACUUCCAGAAUCAUUUCCAGCCACAUGACACCGAUGUAAUCCUUGCUUCUUCCCCAAAGUCCGGCACAACUUGGCUCAAGGCACUCACGGUCGCACUCUCGGAGAGAUCUAAACAUCAUGAUGAUCAUCCAUUGCUGUCAGAUAAUCCUCAUGCCUUAGUACCAUUCUUGGAGACCAAGCUCUAUCUCCGAACCUCAACACCGGACCUAACCAAGUACUCAUCAUCCCCGAGGCUGUUUGCGACUCACAUGCCUUUGCACACCGUGAAAGAGGGCCUCAGGGGCUCUCCUUGCAAGAUUGUGUACAUGUGCAGGAACGCAAAGGACGUGUUGAUAUCCCUGUGGUAUUUCAAGUGCAGGUAUCAGAAACUCGAAGUGACUAGAAGCGUUCUCGAGUCCACGUUCGAGUCUUUCUGCGGAGGAGGCAACUUCUACGGUCCCUUUUGGGACCAUGUCCUUAGCUACUGGAGAGGCAGCUUGGAAGAUGAUCCGAGUCGUGUCCUUUUCAUGAAGUACGAGGAAAUGAAAGAAGAGCCUUGUGUUCAGCUCAAGAGACUUGCCGAGUUCUUAGGUGUUCCUUUCACUGAGGAAGAAGAAGAGAGCGGAUGUGUGGAAAAGAUCUUGGAGCUCUGCUCCCUGCGUAGUCUUAGCGACUUGGCGAUCAACAAGACCGGGAAAACGUCUAGUGGCCCGGACUACAAGCUCUGUUUCAGGAAAGGAGAAGUUGGGGACUCAAAGAAUCAUCUAACUCCUGAGAUGGAGAUGAGAAUCGACAUGAUCAUUGAGGAGAAUCUGAAAGGUUCAGGUCUGAGUUUCUAGAGUUAUUGUUACUCCUUCCAUUUCAUUUAACUAAUCAUUGUAAAAUAAAAUUUUCGUUUCGAAAUAAGUGUUUCACAUUGUUAUUUUGGUUUGAUGACCAACGUUCUUGUUAACACAAACCAAAAUAUGUUUGUAUUGUUUCCUUGUUCAAACUA